UUCCAAAUAAUCAGAGGAAUAACAGAGAGCCACCAUGGCCAGGCGCGUGCAGUCGGUCAUCAUGGCGGCUCCGCCUGCCGGAAGUUAGCUGGAGUCGGUCUGACAAUCAGGACGCUUCACUCCCAGGAUCCGGCAGAGCUGCUCCUCCACCUUCACUCCACCCAAAGCGCCGUUUGUUGGCUUCACCAUGACGGAGCGGACCCCCCUCCUCAACUACCCGCUCCUCGCGAGCGUCAAUGAGUCCGAGGCGCGCGCCCCCGCUCCCAGCCAGACCCCCGAGCAUCUGCCGGACAGCCCCCGGCGCCGGCCGCCCUCCCAGCGGCAGCAGCAGCCCAAGAAGCUGUCGGUGUUCUUCGGCGUGGUGGUCCCCACCCUGCUGUCCAUGUUCAGCGUGGUGCUGUUCCUCCGGAUCGGCUUCGUGGUCGGACACGCUGGAUUGUACCAGAGCAUUCUGAUGUUCCUGGUUGCCUACUUCAUCAUCUCCAUGACGGUGCUGUCGGUGUGCGCCAUCUCCACCAACGGAGCGCUGGACGCUGGAGGGGCCUACUGUAUCCUGCUCACACGCCGUCAUGUGAGCGUCUGCAUGUGA